CAACUAAAUAACAACUAUGAGGCUAUUUCCCACUAAUUAUCUUCUUAUCAUUUGUCUAAAUUUAAAGUUCUUUUAAGGAAAAUAUGAAAAGUAAAUAAACAAAGAGAAAAUGGAAGAAGGUAGCAAGAGAACAGAAUAGGAGAGGCAACAUCAGUCUGAGAGGAAGAGAGAAACCCAGUCCAAGAACGAGGGAAUUUUUUUAUAUGAAUGAUGAUGAUUAAGCUAGUUGGAGUUUAAAUCUAAAUUAUUAUAAUCUCAGGUGAGAAAGAAGAAGAAGAGCACCUGAUGACAACCUGACCUUCCUAAUUCUCUCUUUCUAUCUCUAUCUCUUUGUGAUUAUUAGUUUUCUUUUACCCUUAUUUGUUGGUUUCUUUCUUUUGCUCUUAUUUUCCAACUUUUUUCUUCCCUCCUUUUUCCAAGAUUCCCCAUCAAUUCCCAUUUGCAUCCCAAUUUCUGGUCCACCACCGGCAUAAACACAAUCUAUCCCUCCUCUUAACCAUUAUCUCUGUUUUGUUAGCAUUUGAGAGGAGAGGAGAGGGAAAUUUUGGGGAAGAAAAGAGAACAUUUUGGCAAUAACAAUUUAAUCAAUAUUAAAAAUAAUUAUACUCAGUUUUGUAAGUUUCUUGCUUCUUCCUCAUCAAUAAAAAAAAACAUCAUCAUUAUUGGCAUUUCAUUUUCUUUCUCUCCUUUCCUUUGAGGAGACUUAAACAAGAGAAGGGGGCAAAAAGAUAAAAAGAAAGAAAAGAUAGGAAAAGUGAGGAAAAACUAGUGUGAGAGGGAGAGGGAGGGAGGGAGAGAGAGAGAGAGGGAAUUCACAUUUUAAGCUAUUGUGCCCUGAAGUGGUUUCUUUUCUGUUCUUCUUGUUUCCCCGCAUCCCCAUCCCCUUCCCAAUCCUUUUGGGUUCCUUCGAUCCUCAGAGAUGGGUUGUCUGCAAUUGUGAUGUGUUCAUGGAGAAAAGGCUAAAGAUUGAGUCUUGAUUGAAGGUCUUUUUCUGGGCGCGGCUCAUAAAGUUGUUGUUGGUUGUGGUGGGGAGCGGUGGUGGUGUGGGUCUUUCUUCAUAUCAUCAUCUCUUGCCUUUUGUCUCAAUAAUCAAUCAGGAACUUUGCCAUUGGUAACUCUUUUGAUUGCAAAUUGUCUCAAGGCCCAAGUGCAACUCGGUUUACCAAACAUGGGUGGAGUCGAUGAGAACAUCGCUAUAAUCGGGGAAUGGGCGCCUCCAACUCCAAGCCCAAGAGCGUUCUUCUCGUCGAUUCUUGCUGAAGAGGCGAUGAGCGCAAGAGGUGCAGGCUCUGAUCAACCUGGGGAGUCGAAUGCUAGAAUGGAUGGCUUCUUUCUCGGAACAACAAGAGGGUUGAUGAAGACAGCUGGGAAAAGAGAUGUUGCUGCUGCUGCACAAUCUGAUGUUACGCAGCUGACUGAUCAUUUCUCCAGUCCUUUUAAUGACCACAAGGUGACUUCCUCUUCUUCUCGAGGGGGGCUUGUCGAAAGAAUGGCGGCUAGAGCUGGGUUUAAUGCUCCAAAGUUGAACACAGAAAACAUGAGGGCUACCACUACUACUGACCUUUCACUCAAUGCUGAAGUGAGGUCACCCUACUUGACGAUACCACCUGGUCUCAGCCCGACGAGCCUGUUGGACUCUCCUGUUUUCGUCAAUUCUCUGGCACAACCUUCGCCAACAACUGGGAAAUUCUCAUUUUUCCCAAAUGGAAACGGCAAGAGCUCCAACAUGAUGUCUGACCCUGCUUAUCGAAAUAAAGAUAAUUACUUUGAGGGCAUCAAUUCGUCUUCUUUUGCUUUCAAGACUGUACCAGAAAUGAGUCCCUCUUUCUUCACUGGUUCUGCAACAAAAGCAACUCCAGUUACUCUCCCGCAGCAAUCUUUUCCCAGCAUUGAGGUUUCGAUGCAGUCUGAGAAUUCUCUCCACUCUCAUGUAGAACAACAUGCUAACAAAUUCCUACCACCACAAAACAAAUCGUCCCUUCAUUUGGCGACAGACUUCUCAAAAUUGGACAGUGAUCAGAGGGAGAACUAUGGUAAAGCUAUUGCAACCAGUGAUGCUAUAGGUGGCAGUAGUGCAGCAGCACAUUCUUCUCCCCUUCUUGAUGAUCAAGACGAUGAAGGUGGCGAUCAGAGAGUGAGUGGAGACUCCUCGCUCGUUGGUGCACCAGCUGAGGAUGGAUACAACUGGCGGAAGUACGGACAAAAGCAAGUGAAAGGGAGUGAGUAUCCUCGGAGUUACUACAAGUGCACAAACCAGAAUUGCCCGGUGAAGAAGAAGGUAGAGCGAUCACACGAGGGGCAUAUCACGGAGAUCAUAUAUAAAGGAGCUCACAACCAUCCGAAACCACAACUCAACAGGCGAGCAACCAUUGGUUCUUUGAAUCCUCUCGCUGAUAUGGCACUCGAAAACCCUGGAAAUGACAACAUUGAGGUGACAUCAUCAGCAUCAGCUGUUGCCGCAGAGUUCGGCAAUCAGAAUCCUGGGGCCCAUUUUGAGUCGAGCGAAGCUGUUGAUGCCUCAUCGACAUUCUCUAAUGAUGAAGAUGAGGAUGAUCGAGCCACACACAAUAGUGUAGGGAAUGAUGGUGAAGGGGACGAAUCAGAAUCAAAGAGAAGGAAGAUUGAAGCUUACCCUGCAGACAUGAGUGGAGCUACCAGGGCUAUUCGUGAGCCGAGAGUUGUAGUCCAGACGACAAGUGAAGUGGAUAUCCUCGAUGAUGGUUAUCGUUGGAGGAAGUAUGGGCAGAAGGUUGUGAAAGGAAAUCCAAAUCCUAGGAGUUACUACAAGUGCACAAAUGCAGGCUGCACAGUGAGAAAACAUGUUGAGAGAGCAUCACAUGACUUAAAAUCCGUGAUCACGACGUACGAGGGGAAGCACAACCAUGACGUGCCUGCAGCUCGCAACAGCAGCCACGCCUCUGCAGCUUCCGCACCUUCUUCCCAGGCAGGCCACAUUCCACGGCCCGAGGCACCACAGGUUCACAACAACAUGAACCGUGGUGGGUUCGAUAGUAGACAGACAGCUGGCCCAUAUGGAUCUUUCAGCUUGCCUGGAAGGCAGCAGCAGCAGCAGCAGCAGAACGGAUUCUCGUUUGGAAUGGGCCAGCCAGGUCUCGCCAACCUGGCGAUGAUGAUGCCAUCAUCAGUUCAUCAUCCUUACUUAGCAGCAGCUCAGCAGCAAAGGUCUUAUAGCGAAAUGGGGUUCAUGUUGCCUAAGGGAGAGCCAAAGUCUGAGCCUAUGUCAGAGCCUAGUUUGAAUAUGUCGAACAAUGCAGCUCUGUAUCAGCAGAUCAUGAGUAGGCUGCCACUUGGACCUCAAAUGUGAAUGAAUCUCUCUCACCUGGUUUAUUUUCUUUGAUGUUCAAACAUUUAUUUAUUGGUGUUGCUUCAUCAUGGGUAUUAUUAUAUUAUAUUUUGUUGUUUGGUUUGGGGUUGCAACUGAAUAUAGGAAUUUUUUACUUAAUAUAUAUGAAUAGGAAAUUUGAUCUGGUUCUCAUUCUUGCCUCCUUUUCGAGCUGCUAUUUACAUGUGUACAUAUAUAUCUUGAGAAGUAUCAC